UGAAACUACGGCAGUGCCUUUAUACCGUCGUAUACCGUAGGUUAUGGCACUUUUCUGCUUUACAAGAAGGCUUCAAAAAUCCCAGUUCAUUUUUCCGUUUCUGCAUCGCUUCUCUCACGCUCCUACAUCAUUACGUCCACUCUAUUCUUUAUCCUCGGCAUUUCAUCAAACACGUCGCAUACCCUUUGAAACCCGACCUCACUUCUCUGCUCUUCAGUGGUUCUCCACUCGAACAUUCGUUGAUCCGUUUGAGAUCACCGAAAGGAUCAAAAUUCAAGCUUGUGAUCCUCGUGCACAGGAUCUUCUGCAAUUGCUGAAACAGGUCGCUGAUUUCCCCUCGGAAGCAGAAGCCAUGGUCUCUCUUAAUGAGUCCGGGAUUGAAGCGAAUCAAGAUUUGAUAUAUUCGGUGAUAUGGGUGUUGAGGGAAGAGUGGCGAAUUGCAUUUUUGGCUUUCAAAUGGGGCGAGAAAUUGAGUUGCGUCGAUGAUAAAGCUUGCGAGUUGAUGGUAUGGGUGUUGGGUAAUCAUGGGAAGUUCAAUGUUGCCUGGUGUUUGAUCCGAGAUUUGCAUCGGGCCUCACUGGGUGGCACACGGAGGGCAAUGCUCAUUAUGAUUGAUAGAUAUGCAGCUGCUAAUGAUCCGGGCAAGGCUAUUCGGACAUUUCAUAUCAUGGAGAAAUUCAGAUUGAGCCCUGAUGAAGAAGCAUUCCACCGCCUCUUGAAAUCCCUUUGUAAAAAUGGGAACACGGAAGAGGCAGAAGAGUUUAUGCUCAUAAACAAAAAUCUAUUUCCCUUGGACACUGAGGGCUUUAAUAUUGUUCUCAAUGGGUGGUGUAAUAUAUCUGUUGACAUAGUUGAAGCAAAAAGAGUUUGGAGGGAAAUGUCUAAGUGCUGCAUUAGUCCAAAUGCAACAUCUUAUACUUAUAUGAUUUCCUGCUUCUCUAAGGUUGGUAAUCUUUUUGACUCACUGAGGCUCUACAACGAAAUGAAGAGAAGGGGUUGGACUCCAGGGUUCGAGAUCUAUAACGCUUUGAUUUAUGUAUUAACUCGCGAGAAUUGUUUGAAGGAAGCUCUCAAAAUCUUAGACAAAAUGAAAGAAGAAGGUUUGCAGCCGAAUUCUGCCACUUAUAACUCAAUGAUAUGUCCUUUGUGUAAAGCAAAAAGGGAAGAAGAAGCUAGAAAUAUAUUGGCUACAAUGAUAGGGGAGCAACUCACCCCAACAAUUGAGACCUAUCAUGCAUUUCUUGAGGGAGCUGAUUUUGAAGGAACUUCGAAAGUUCUUGAUCUCAUGAGGGCAGCUGGUUUAGGUCCUAAUGGGGAGACCUUUUUCUUAAUUCUUGGCAAGUUUUUGGAAUCAGAGCAACCUGACAAUGCAUUGAAGUUAUGGUUAGUAAUGAAGCGGUAUGAGGUAAUACCUGAUUUGACACACUACACACUGUUGGUUGAAGGGCUAGCUAAGUGUGGAUUGUUGAUCAAAGCCAGGGAAUUCUAUUCUGAGAUGAAAUCAAUUGGAAUUCCCGAUGAUCCCAAGCUCAAGAAGAUCUUGAAGGAACCAGCGAGAGGAAGCCGUGAUAACAGCAAACGGCAGGUGAGAAAGUUUAAGAAAGAUAAACAGGUAAAUCAUAGGAGAGCCAAUGAAGAGCAAAGUCAUCAACGUCAAUCAAGAAAGAAAAGGGACAUCAAUUGAAGAAUCUCCUUGAGAAGCUCUUGAUGAAACACACAAAAUAUAUGAAAACUGGAAGCAGAGGAGCUUAUGUGGCAGGAUAUUAAGGAAUCUCAAGUGAUAACCCAGUUCAUCCUCCAUAACAAAUUCAAAUAGAGGUGAUUAGGCAUUACUCAUGAGCAAGAGUUCCGGACCUGCAGGGCUCCAUACUUCUGACAGUUUUCCGCAUGAUUCAGGUACUAUUUCUUUAGUUAUUUAUUUUUCUUUGAUGAUGAAUGCAACGCUCACUAGGAUUGUGAUGGAUGGCAAUUUCGUUGGGGGAUGUCUGACAUGGAAGUUGCAUCUGUCUUUCAGCUGACUGCUUACUCGCUGGCUGGUUUCAGGAAAUAGUAUCAUCUUUUAUGCUGCAUUAGAUGUGAAACUUUAUGGUGUUGGAGGAACAUAGCUUGUCUUCAGAAUUAGAUGCCCUUUAUGAUGUGUUUUUGCCUUUUAUUAGAUGGAUUUGAGUGGUGCAAAAAAUGUUCUCAUUGAAUGAAAACCAGAGGGAGAAUGUCUUCAGAGAUUGAUCUUUUGGAUAAAUCCUUGUCAGACAGAAAUCGAACUCAGUGUUGAUGCGCGAGAAAUUUACAUUGUGGACAGAUUGUUGAGGUCUCUUAUGACACUGAUGGCAAAGCUCUCUGUCAAAACUGGACUACUGAUGCCAUUCAGUCUCAGUGCUAGUUGCUGAGACUUCGGCUUUGAAAGGGUUCUUGCUUAUGAUGAUCCUGCUGGAGAUCAACGUUUGUUGCUGAGACUGGCUUUUAUAGAGGAGGUUAUAAAUCAAGAGCAUAGGAGCACUCUGAUAUAUGUAUCAAAAUAACUGUCAUUGGCAUAAUCUUUGUGUAGUCCCUUCCGAAUUUGCACACUGAAUAUACUGGCAUAUGAACUUCAACUGUAUGUAUAUAUAUCGACUUGGGAAAUUAUUCAA